AUGGUGGACUUAAUGCCUGAGGCAUUCUCUACCAGUCAACCAAAGGAUGGUGUAGAGAGUCCUAUAGCAGGUACAGUGAAUAGUCUCAAAUCUCUGCAGAUCCACGUUCCAAAGGCGGUUCUAACGGGUACCGACGCGGAACUAAUGUGCACAUACGAAUUAGAAGGAGCGUUGCUAUACUCAAUAAGGUGGUAUAGGAACAUGAUAGAAUUUUAUCGGUAUGUACCCAAAGAGUCGCCAGCCACCAAAGUCUUUCCAGUCGCAGAAAUCAAAGUGGACGUGGCUGCAUCCGAUCAAAACAAAGUAGUGCUGACAGAAGUCGAUAGAACAUUAACCGGAGAAUACCAGUGUGAGGUGUCAGCUGACGCUCCCCUCUUCCACACGGACAUUAAAUCUGCCGAGAUGGUAGUCGUAGAGCCUCCAUUGAUCGGUCCAAAUGUGACCACAGAUCGGAUGUCGUAUGUUGGCGGUGAUCACAUUAGAGCGAAUUGCACAUCACCUCCGUCUCUGCCAGCUGCCAAUAUCACGUGGUACGUCAAUGAGCAAAUGGUACCGGGCUUUACAGCCAAUCAUAUACUGAACUUCAGCAAUGGCUACGCAUCUAGCUUAGCCGUUUUGGAGUUAGAAGCCGCUGUCCUCUCUCCCGUACCGACUUUGAUGAUACGGUAA